UUGUUUGGUGAAGAUGGCACUGGCAUUUCUUUUCGCAGUGGAGACGGGGACAGACGGCACUGCACCUUUCUCAAGGAAAGCAGCCAUCUUAGUUUUGGUUCUGACAUGUAGCAUUACAGCGGCGUUUGCAUGGUCGUGGGGGCCAUUAACAUGGCUCAUACCAAGUGAGAUAUUGCCUAUGGAGGUCCGACCAGCCGGGCAAGGGAUAUGCAUCGCCUUCAAUUUCAUAGUUACAUUUAUUCUGUCUCAAACGUUUUCGACUGUGCUGUGUCACUUUAAGUACGCUGUGUUCCUGUUUUACGCUGCGUGGGUUUCAAUUAUGACCAUAUUUGUGGGCCUCUUCCUGCCAGAGACGAAGGGGAUUCCCCUGGAAUCUAUGGACCAAGUUUGGCAAAAGCAUUGGUUCUGGCGUCGGUAUGUUGAAGGAACUGACUUUUGAGUAAUGAAUUUCUUUGA